AUGGUGGAAUUGAUGCAUUUAGGAAGAUCAUUCAAACUAAUGUUGUUCGAGGGUUAUAAAGAGGAUUUGGGAUUGCAAUCCUACAUAUGCUCCAUCAAAUGCAGUCUGGUGGGUGACUUACUUCAUGGCUCAUCGUGUUGUGUGGGGUGGGGUUGGUUGUUACUAUUUGAAGAAAGAGGCAAUAGUGGUGGCAACGGUGACGGGUUUACACCGAAUUCUAAGGCGGUGGUAGCGGUGCAGGCAGCAAGUGUCGCCAUGGCUAAUGGGUUUUCGGUAGUGGUGACAAUGCCAUUGGAUACAAUCAAGACAAGGUUGCAAGUUUUAGAUUGUGAUUUUUUCUUUUUUUUUUAA